AUGCUACGCACCAGUGACGGAAAGAAAGACGCUAAGACUACUAAGACUAAGGAGAAGGUCACUAAGAAGGCCGGCACGAGCAACAGUAGUAGUAUCAUCAGCGGCGGCGGGAAUAUCACCGCGAGCGGCGGGUACGGCGUGGGGCCUCUGACGAAGGAAGGCCAGCUGCAUCGCGAUGUGGUCAUGAGCGCUGUUAUCGAAUCGUCCGCGUUACAAGUCUCCUUCGACUCGUUUCCGUACUAUCUCAGUGAUGCCACGCGCAACGCGCUGGUGGACGCGUGUUUCAUCCGCCUGCGCCGCCCCGAGUUCCUGCGCUUCACCGCGGACCUCCCCUCGCUCUCCGCGCGCAUCCUGCUCUCCGGCCCCCCAGGUGCCCCUUCCCCCUCCCGUCAGGUCCCCCCUCUCCCUUCCCCCAGGUCUCCGCCCUCUCUCUCUCCUCCCUCGCCCCGAGUUCCUGCGUUUCACUGCCGACCUGCUCUUUCUCUCUGCAAGGUGACUUUUGAGUUGAAUCAAGAGUCACCUCGCGUCACUGCCGACCUGCUCUCUCUCUCUGCAAGGCGCGGCCCCCCAGUGGGGUUGAAGGGCCGAGUGGUGGUGGUGUUGGAGGAGAACCCCCACCGCGUGGGCGUGCGUUUCGACAAGCCCAUUCCUGGCGGCCACAGUCUGGUGGACGUCUGUGACGAUGGGCACGGGGCGUGGUGCCACGGUAAGUAUGCGCUUCCUGUUGAUUUUCUCCCCAGAUUCCCCCCCCCCUCGUUCGCCCCAUCACUGGGCUCACCUGUGUUGAUGCUGAGGAUUGUUGGGGCAGGAUAUCAUUCGCCUCAGCAGUCACCUCUCUCUGUGCGCCAUCUCCCCCUCCCCUCUCGUGCUCUCUGCCUCGUGGCAGUGUCGGAGUUGCGGCUUGAAGGGGCAGCAGCAGACGACGUGGAGAAGCAGCUGGUGGACCACUGCAUGGCGGUCGCAGCCACCAUAUCAGCAACAUCGCCGCUCAUUGUGUUCAUUCCUGGCGCAGAAAGAAUAGCAGCGGCGCAUUACGAGCGGCUCGUGAGGCUGGAGCGUAUGGAGCGCAUGGGCGUUGUUGGGGAGAGAGGCGCAGAGAAGGGGGAGAAAUGGGAGAAAGGGGACAAAGGGGAGAAAGGGGACAAGGGGAAGGAGGGGAAGGAGAAGAGUGAGCCGUUGCGGUUGGUGGUGAUUGGCUCUCACACAGUGCCGCCCAAGAAGGACAAGGCGCCAGCAGCGGCAGCAGCCCCCAAGACCACGGACAAGCUCUCUGCGCUCCUCGACCUCUCCUUCCUGGCGCCAGCAGCAGCAGCAGCUCCCAAGACCACGGACAAGCUCUCUGCUCUCCUCGACCUCUCCUUCCUGGUAGGGCCCCGCCUUUCCUUCCUGGUACGCGUUGCCUCAAACCUGCACCUCAAACCUGCACCUCAAACCUGCACCUCAAACCUGCACCUCAAACCUGCACCUCAAACCUGCACCUCAAACCUGCACCUCAAACCUGCACCUCAAACCUGCACCUCAAACCUGCACCUCAAACCUGCACCUCAAACCUGCACCUCAAACCUGCACCUCAAACCUGCACCUCAAACCUGCACCUCAAACCUGCACCUCAAACCUGCACCUCAAACCUGCACCUCAAACCUGCACCUCAAACCUGCACCUCAAACCUGCACCUCAAACCUGCACCUCAAACCUGCACCUCAAACCUGCACCUCAAACCUGCACCUCAAACCUGCACCUCAAACCUGCACCUCCAACCUGCACCUCAUACUGUUUGGUCUCAUGCACCGUCCUCCUCCGAUCCCUCAGGACCAGCUGUCAUCGCGGCUAGAGGACGGGCGGGGGGAGGGCGGCGGGGCCAAGGCGGGCGGCAGGGCUGUCUCUCGCCUCUUCCCCACGUCCAUCCCGGUGCUGCCGCCCGCGCAAGACGAUGACGUGGCGCAGCGCGAUUGGACGAGGCAGCUGGAGGGUGACGUGGAGCUGAUGCGUGCUGAGAGCAACCGCCGCCUGCUUAGAUCGGUGAUGUGCACAGCAGGAGUGGAGUGUGCUGAGAUCGACAGACUGUCCAUCGCCUCGCACUCUCUUCCCCAGGAGGGUAAGACAACUAUCGCCGCAUGCCUUUCCUUCCUACCGUUUUACUGGAUAAGCGUGUACCUCACAUCUUGCAUUCGGCACGGAGUGGAGGUGGUGGAGGGCGCGUCUCAGCAGCAGCCAGCCACACAGCGCAAGGCGCUCAAGGACGUGACGUGCGACAACGACUUUGAGAGGCUGCUACUGGGGGAGGUGAUACCUGCGGAGGAGCUGGGCGUGCGCUUUGAGCACAUCGGUGCUCUGGAGGGCGUGAAGGAGGCGUUGAGGGAGGUGGUCAUGCUGCCACUGCAACGACCAGAGCUGUUCCAAACGGGGCAGCUCACCAAGCCGGUGCGGGGGCUGCUGCUGUUCGGUCCACCGGGCACGGGCAAGACGAUGCUGGGCAAGGCAGUGGCCACGGAGUCAGGCGCCAACUUCAUCAGCCUUUCCAUGGCCUCGGUUGCUUCAAAGUGGUUCGGAGAGGCAGAGAAGUAUGUGAAGGCCGUGUUCACACUGGCCAGUAAAAUUUCGCCAUGUGUCAUCUUUGUGGAUGAGGUGGACAGCAUGUUGGGGCGGCGAGGAGGAGACUCGGAGCACAGUGCAAUGAGGAAGCUGAAGAACGAGUUCAUGGCCGCGUGGGACGGGCUGCGCUCCAAACACGCCGAGCGCAUCCUCGUGCUCGGAGCCACCAACCGCCCGCACGACCUCGACGACGCCGUCAUCAGGAGAUUUCCUAGAAGGCUCUUUGUGGAUCUACCAGACUGCACCAACCGAGCCAAGAUCCUGAAGGUGAUUCUAAAGGACGAGGACGUGGAGCCAGGCUUCAGCACGGAUGAACUGGCUGCUGCCACUGAUGGGUACUCCGGCAGCGACCUCAAGAACCUGUGUGUGACAGCGGCGUUUCUGAGAAUAAAGGAGUUUCUGGACAAGGAGAAGAAGGAAAAAGAGGAGGUGGAGAGGAGAGAGGGAGGCGCAGAGGGCAGGCGGGAGGGCGACGCUGGUGGUGCUGACUAUGCCUCUCAAGGCCCGGCUUCCCCUGCCGCUGCACCAUGCCUGCGGCCAAUCAGCAUGGAGGACAUGCGGAAAGCCAUGGAGAAGGUGCGUGCGAGUGUGAGCAGCGAUGCAGCAGCAAUGAUGGAGCUGAUGCAGUGGAACGAGCAGUUUGGGGAGGGCGCCUCCCGCAAGAUCACCCCGCUCUCCUACUUCAUGUGA